UGUCAUGCAAUCCAUCAAGUCUCUGUAUCUCCAGCCAUGGCAACGGAGAAUGGGAAACAGGCGGAGGCCGGGAGCAGACAGUCGCAGCCUAAAUCUAAGCUGCUUCUGUCACUAAGGUUGGCAGCCGUUCUGGCCACAGCUACAGCUACUGUGGUCAUGGCACUGAACAAGCAGAGCACAAGGAUGGCAGUUGCUGUAGUGGGCACUUCUCCCAUCCUCCAGACCUUCACUGCUGCGUUCCAGCAAACCCCUGCGUUCGUGUAUUUUGUCAUUGCCAAUGCUAUUGCAAGCUUAUACAACCUACUGGUGCUCCUCCUGCGACCAUUCUUAAAAGCAAAGCCUCGUGACAUUUUGGUGCACCUUUUGGAUGAGGUAAUAUUUGCUCUAGUGGCGACCGGUGCAGCUGCUGCAGCAUCUAUGGCGGAGUUGGGAAAGAAUGGCAACGUACAUGCGAGGUGGAACCCGAUAUGCGACAGGUUUGAAGCCUUCUGCAUCCGUGGAGGGUUGGCACUCAUGGCGUCCUUCGCUGGAGCUCUCCUACUCCUCCUCAUGAAUGCAUUCUCUACCUUCACUCUCCACAAGAGCGUGCUGAGCCAGGAUUAGUCCCUCGUCUUACCUACCAUUCACAGCCAUAUAUAUGUACUCUUGGGAUUAGUUCCUCAGAAAUGUAUCCUAAAAUUCUGUUGUCUGAAAGCUAUCGAGUUGGUGAAUUAAAGGAAAUGGAUUCGGGAAAUUUGACUGCUGC